CCGGCAAAGUGGGCAAUGACUCGGAUAACCCCCUGUUGGACUGUUGAGGACCGCGAGUUCAUCUACUGCGCCUGUGCGUUUCCUUCUUCCGCUUCCGCCUUCUUAAGCGGGGCUCUGGGAGCCGCUGGGCCGGAGCGCCUGGGUUGCGGUACGUUAAGGCGGCUGCGUUGACGUGGGAGGGGCCGCCCACGUCCUGACUUUUUUGGACUGGAGGCCAAGGUGGCGGACGCGGCUGAAGCGGAAGAGCGAGAGGUGACCUGGACAAAUGAGGACUGACAGCGAGGAUUAAUAUUUGGAUUAUUUCAAGAUGAGCUUCCUGUUGCCCAAGCUAAAUAGCAAAAAAGAAGUAGACCAAGCAAUAAAAAGUACGGCAGAGAAGGUGUUGGUCCUCAGGUUUGGGAGAGAUGAGGAUCCUGUCUGUCUGCACCUAGAUGAUAUACUUUCUAAAACUUCUCCUGACCUGAGUAAAAUGGCUGCUAUAUAUCUGGUAGAUGUGGACCAAACUCCUGUUUACACACACUAUUUUGACAUCAGUUAUAUUCCAUCUACUGUGUUUUUCUUCAAUGGGCAGCAUAUGAAAGUGGAUUAUGGGUCUCCAGAUCACACUAAGUUUGUGGGAAGUUUCAAAACCAAGCAGGACUUCAUAGAUUUGAUUGAAGUAAUCUAUCGAGGAGCAAUGAGGGGAAAACUUAUUGUCCAAAGUCCUAUUGAUCCCAAGAAUAUUCCCAAAUAUGACCUUCUCUAUCAAGACAUUUAGCACAUUGACUACUCAAAAUUGAAGAAAAAGGCACAUCUUGAAGCAGUACCUGAAUCUAGCUCUGCUGUUUUCCUGGAGUCCUUCCGAAGUGUGUUCAGCGUCCCAGCAGAGAAGAGGUCCGACUUGGAUAGAAAAAACUCCACCCCCAAGUAGAAGACCUUGCUGAUGCCGUGAUGAGCAGGGAUGCUUAAGUGUCUACUCCUUGCAGACAGAGCAGUCAAGACAGCUGUGGUCAAUUUUCCCAGCAUGAUUUAUAUCGUUCUUCUCUUUAUUCCUUAAGAUAAUAACAUAAUCCCUCUAACCAUUGGCUAGUACAGUUUAACUGUGUUUAUUUGAUACAUAAGUAAAAUAGAAAAUCAGUUCCCAUAAGAACAGAAAUACUUAUUUUAUACCCUAGAUGUACGCGCACACCCUUACCCUCACCCACUCAGAUUUAUCUCAUACUCUCCCAUCUCCAGUCCCUGGUAGCUCAGGUUCUUUUGGAAAAAUGAUUCUCUACUGAGAGUGGGCAAAUUUGUUUUAUUUUGGAAGCUUUCUGGCUUAGACUUUUAUAACUGUAUCCUGCUUUGCUCAUUUUACUAGUUUUUAUGUUAUUAAAUUACCCAAGAAAUAAGACCUGGAACCUUUAUCAUCCAGCACCCAAUUUGAGCUAAACAAAAAAUUAACUACCUGUCGUAAGUAGAAGCAGGUUUCUCCCAGAAGUCAGAGUUCUGCCUCUCUCUGAGGCAGAGAAUUUUACUCCAAGGACUCAAUACUGGAAAGAGAUGUCAGAGUUGUUAGAAAGAAAUAUUAUCUCUAUGGUAUUUGCCUCUUUUAAUAACUUUAUGAAGAAUUGUUCUUCCAGCAUCCCUGGCAUAACCUGCCACCACUCGGGCAAGUCAUUGCUUCUCUCAAAACCCCACAGAGCCUAUGAAUCCUGGUCUUCUAGAACAAGAGAAUAGAUUUAGAGCCGGAGGGCAGUGGGCCCCAGGCAGCAUCCACCUGCUUGGCAGCUGCUGGCCUCAGAGCCAACAGAAGCCCAGUUCCAUGAAGGCCAGCACUGUCACUGCAAGUGCAUUCCCCCUUGACCAGGUGGCUUCCUUUGCAAGCCUGGUCUGCAGGAAAAGGUGACCAGAAGGAAGGCUGCUGGGGGCCUUUGUGUUCUUCACCGAUGAAAGGAGAGAGCCACUCCAGGAAGAGGGCAGAAUCAAACCCUUCCUCCACCACCUGUUGCUGCUCUGGUUAUCCUGAUUGAUGGGACUACAACAGCCAUCCUAGGACCAGGAGGACCAGCACUGGGAUGAAAAGUCUGUGUGAGAACAACAGUAAGAACCUGGAUCCCUGAUGACAUAAUUGAGCUACUGAGUGAACUCCAGACCUGUUUUCCCCCCAGACCCCUGUGAAAGAAUAAAACACUUUCAUGGCCUGUCA